GGACCCAGUUUUCAAAAUUCUAGUAUUUUAACUAUAAUAUUGUUACGACUAAAAUAUAUUCUAGUAUUUGAAAAAUUGUGGUUUUCAAAAACUUUAUUAACAAACAGCGGGUAAGGUCCAAAGGCCAUACUGUCGGUCUCUAACCAUAGCCCAAGGUAAAAUAUCCAUCAGCCAGAACGAUUGGCAGUUUGGCUGCAGCAUGCCAUGCAAGAAUUCUAUCGAUGAUGACACACUGCACGAUCGCAAAUCUCCCUCGCAGGCCCCUCUGAGCGGGAGAUCUCUCUUGGUAUGGGUACGCUGUUCCUGUCGCCUUGCUUGCUUCUCUAUACCAUCUCCUCCUCCUCCUGGCCUGGGUCCUGGGGUCCUGGCUCCUGCUGCCGCUCCGUCUCUCUCUCCAAGAUCCGUCUGACCACCUAUCACUGAGCGAGUCUGAGCUCCAUUGACAGCGACCUUGCCUGCAGGCUUCCUGCCUAGCUGGUCCUGGCCAAUUACUGUCACCAGUGUUCAUCUUUCUUCAUUAAAGCCUCCAAGGUCCAGCCUCUCCUCGUUGCCGCAUCUGCGUCCCAUCCAAUUCCAGGGAAGGGCGAGCGUCGCAGGAAGAACCGAGCGGGGGAGGCGGAGAGGGAGAAGCAGGGGGAAGAUGAAGGAGUACUGGACGGCGCUGGCGUCGCUGAUGGGCGCGUUUGCGUUCCUACAGGGGGUGGUGCACGCGGUAUUCCCGGCGGAGCUACGGGCGGUGGUGGUGCGGCUGCUGGGCAGGCUCACGCGGGCUUUCUCCCCCUACUGCUACUUCGACGUGACGGAGAUGGAGGGCAUGAGCACCAACGAGAUCUACGACGCCGUGCAGCUCUACCUCAGCAGCACCGCGGCCCCGGCGUCGGGGGCGCGCCUCAGCCUGUCGCGCCGGCUCAACGCCUCCUCCUUCACUUUCGGGCUCGCUGCCAGCGACCGCGUCGUCGACACCUUCGCGGGGGCGGCCGUCACGUGGGAGCACGUGGUCGCGCCGCGCCAGGGCCAGGGCUUCUCGUGGCGGCCGCUCCCCGAGGAGAAGCGCCGGUUCACGCUCCGCAUCCGGCGCGGCGACAGGGACAAGCUGCUCCCGGCGUACCUCGACCACAUCAUCGCCGCGGCUGUCGACAUCCGGCGCCGCAGCCAGGACCGGAUGCUUUACACGAACGCGCGGGGCGGGAGCAUGGACGCGCGCGGCGUGCCGUGGGACCCCGUGCCGUUCAAGCACCCGAGCACGUUCGACACGCUGGCUAUGGACCCGGCGCGGAAGGCGGCCAUCAUGGCCGACCUCCGGGACUUCGCCGAGGGGAGCGCGUUCUACGAGCGCACGGGGCGCGCCUGGAAGCGCGGGUACCUCCUGUACGGCCCGCCCGGCACCGGCAAAUCGAGCAUGAUCGCGGCCAUGGCCAACUUCCUCGGCUACGACGUGUACGACCUGGAGCUGACCGAGGUGAGCAGCAACGCGGAGCUCCGGAAGCUGCUGAUGAAGACGACGUCCAAGUCCAUCAUCGUGAUCGAGGACAUCGACUGCUCCGUGGACCUCACGAACCGCGCGGGCGCGCCGCCGAGGCCGAAGCCGCGGGCGAGCAUCGACGGCGCGAUCGAGCAGGACGGGGGCGCCGGCGCGGGGCGGUCCAUCACGCUCUCCGGCCUGCUCAACUUCACGGACGGGCUCUGGUCGUGCUGCGGCGCGGAGCGCAUCUUCGUGUUCACCACCAACCACAUCGAGAAGCUGGACCCUGCGCUGCUCCGGUCCGGCCGCAUGGACAUGCACGUCUUCAUGUCCUACUGCUCGUUCCAGGCGCUGAAGAUCCUCCUGAGGAACUACCUCGGCUUCCAGGGCGACGAGGAGCUGGACCGCCUCAGCGACCCGGCGGUCCUGCGCGGGCUCGAGGAGUGGGUGGACGCCGCGGAGAUCACGCCGGCGGACGUGAGCGAGGUGCUGAUCAAGAACCGCAGGAGCGGCAAGGCGGAGGCAAUGCGGGAGCUCCUGGACGCCCUCAAGGCCCGCGCCGAGAAGCGGCGCCGGGGCAGCGCCUCCGGCCCGGCCGCGGCGGGGAAGGCGGCCGGCGGCGGCGAGAACGAGGAGGAGGAGGAGGAGGAGGAGGAGGAGGAGGAGAAGCGGGCGCUGGAGAGCCCCAAUGAGGGGAAGGAGCAGGCCGGCACUGACAGCCGCGGGGGCGGCGGACAAGACGAGGACGCGGACGGCAAGAAACAGGUGUGAGCAGAGCAGGACGGACGGCCAGGGCCAGGCCGAGGCUGGAAACGAACGAGGAGGGAAAGCGAAAGGUUCAAAAAUUUUCCCUGUUCCGUGGCCAAUCUUCACCGGAGAAAUCGAUGCGAGAAAGGAACUUGUAGGAGAGCAUUGCUUUUUUGGUUUUGUUUUGGUUUUGAUUAUUCUUUGUUUAUCUCCCACUUUUGAUUUGAUUGAUGCUCGUCGUUGAUGUCUUCUCUCUAGCUAUAUCUAGUUGUAAUAAGAAAAAUCAAUUAAUUCUAGUGGUGGCGUCAUUUUAUUAUCAGA